GAUCUACCCAUCAUCAGAAAAUAUGUCACUACAGAUGGUGACAGUUGGUAAUAACAUAGCCUUAAUUCAACCAGGCUUCUCAUUAAUGAAUUUUGAUGGGCAAAUUUUCUUCUUUGGCCAAAAAGGCUGGCCCAAGAGGUCCUGCCCCACUGGAGUUUUCCAUUUUGAUGUAAAGCAUAAUCAUCUCAAACUGAAGCCUGCAGUUUUCUCUAAGGAUUCCUGCUACCUUCCUCCUCUUCGCUACCCAGCUACUUGCACAUUCAAAGGCAGCCUAGAAUCUGAAAAGCACCAGUACAUCAUCCAUGGAGGGAAAACACCAAACAAUGAGCUUUCAGAUAAGAUUUAUGUCAUGUCUGUUGUUUGCAAGAAUAACAAAAAAGUUACUUUUCGCUGCACAGAGAAAGACUUGGUAGGUGAUGUUCCUGAAGGCAGAUAUGGUCAUUCCAUUGAUGUGGUGUAUAGUAGAGGGAAAAGUAUGGGUGUUCUCUUUGGAGGACGUUCAUACAUACCUUCUGCCCAAAGAACCACAGAAAAAUGGAAUAGUGUAGCUGACUGCCUGCCCCAUGUUUUCUUGGUGGAUUUUGAAUUUGGGUGCUCUACAUCAUACAUUCUUCCAGAACUUCAGGAUGGGCUAUCUUUUCAUGUCUCCAUUGCCAGAAAUGAUACCAUUUAUAUUUUAGGAGGACAUUCACUUGCCAAUAACAUCCGCCCUGCCAAUCUAUACAGAAUAAGGGUUGAUCUCCCCCUGGGUAGUCCAGCUGUGAAUUGCACAGUCUUGCCAGGAGGAAUCUCUGUAUCCAGUGCAAUCCUGACUCAAACAAGCAAUGAUGAGUUUGUUAUUGUUGGUGGCUAUCAGCUUGAAAAUCAAAAAAGAAUGAUCUGCAACAUCAUCUCUUUUGAGGACAACAAGAUAGAAAUCCGUGAGAUGGAAACCCCAGAUUGGACUCCAGAUAUUAAACACAGCAAGAUAUGGUUUGGAAGCAACAUGGGAAAUGGAACUGUUUUCCUUGGCAUACCAGGAGACAACAAACAGGCUGUUUCAGAAGCAUUCUAUUUCUAUAUGUUGAAAUAUGCUGAAGACGAUGUGAAUGAAGAUCAGAAAACAUUCACAAAUAGUCAGACAUCAACAGAAGACCCAGGGGACUCUACUCCCUUUGAAGACUCGGAAGAAUUUUGUUUCAGUGCAGAAGCGAAUAGUUUUGAUGGCGAUGAUGAGUUUGACACCUAUAAUGAAGAUGAUGAGGAAGAUGAGUCUGAGACAGGCUACUGGAUUACAUGCUGCCCUACUUGUGAUGUGGAUAUCAAUACUUGGGUACCAUUUUAUUCAACUGAGCUCAACAAACCUGCCAUGAUCUACUGCUCUCAUGGAGAUGGGCACUGGGUCCAUGCCCAGUGCAUGGAUCUGGCAGAACGCACACUCAUCCAUCUGUCAGAAGGAAGCAACAAGUAUUACUGCAAUGAGCAUGUGGAGAUAGCAAGAGCACUGCAAACCCCCAAAAGAGUCCCACCCUUAAAAAAGCCUCCACUGAAAUCCCUCCAUAAAAAAGGUUCCGGGAAAAUUCUUACUCCCGCCAAGAAAUCCUUUCUUAGAAGGUUGUUUGAUUAGUUUCACAAAAGCCAUUCAGAUUCAAGUGCAUCAGAUUUUAAAAUCUAUUUUAAAGAAUCAUAACAAUGAUAAAAAUUAUAUUCCUAUUUUUGUUUACUGAAAAUGUUUAAUGUUUUCUUUUAGUUAUACAAAUUAAAUACCAGGGAAAAGUGCUUGUAAUACAGUACUAAAUACAGUCAUUGUAUUUAAACCUAUAUAGAACCUGUAACCUGUAUUUUGAAAAUAUUUUACUCAAAUGUAUCUUCAGUGAGAAUUUAUGGUCUGAAUUUUUUAUUCAAGGACUCAAACACAGAAGCAGUAAUAAUAAUUAAGGUAUGCUUAUUAUCCCUUAUACAGCUUUUGGUAACAAAUAACCUAAAGGGUCAUUAAGACAAAUUUAACCAGUAAAGAAACUAACACCCAAAGAAAGUAGAUGAAUUUUUUGUGCAAUAUAAAAAUUUGGUGGUUGGCCAAAAAUUAAAACUGAGAUCAUCUGUAUCCCACAGGAAUGUUCUUUAUACUUCUCUAAGAUGGUUACUUGACUAUGCCCAUGGUCAGAAAAAGCUGUAAGAAGAUAGGUAGGUAGGUAGGUAGGCAGGAAAGAAGGAAGGAAGGAAGGAAGGAAGGAAGGAAGGAAGGAAGGAAGGAAGAAAGGAAGAAAGAAAGAAAGAAAGAAAGAAAGAAAGAAAGAAAGAAAGAAAGAAAGAAAGAAAGAAAGGAAGAAAGAAAGAAAGAAAGAAAGAAAGAAAGAAAGAAAGAAAGAAAGAAAGAAAGAAAGAAAGAAAGAAAAGAAAAAGAAAGAAAGAAAGGAAGAAAGAAAAGAAAGAAAGGGAAAGAAAGAAAGAAAAAGGAAGGAAGGGAAAGAAAGAAAGAAAGAAAAAGGAAGGAAGGAAGAAAAAUAGAUAAUCUACACUGACAUGAAGGAAGAGAAAAGGAAUGGACAUCAAGUCUGUUACAUUUUAUCACGCUAUUCAUAUGCACUUUCUUCAGAGGACUCCCCCUCCCCCACCAUAAGGUCCAUGUGUGAUGAACCACAGCUGGUCACUUAAACCAAUCCUUUGAGAGACUUAAUGAAAACGGAAGUCAACUGCUACUUAGCACUCUGAAACAGGGAGAUGAGUGACAGCACACUAGGAAAGAACCACCAAACAAAUCUCAUGGAGAGAUUAUUUCACCAAUUAAUAUUGACUACUUGCCCAAAUAAAGUUUAAAGAAUUUGAUAAAGUUAACAAGUAGAUUUUAAAAGGGGAGAAAGAAAUUCAUGUGUAUGUUUAUAAGUCUAGUUAUAUGUGGAGUUUGCUGCCAAUGAAAAUUAUAAAGUCAGUGAGCUAGCUAAGGUUCAAUUAGAUACCUGCUAAAAUUAAAAUUAAAAGGACUGUUAAUUUUGAGGCUUCACUACAUCAGUUGAUAAUUAGAUGACCUUAGAUAUAAAUGUUUUCCUUCCUGCAGUAUUUUUCUGGAGAAGCAUUUCACUUUAGACUAAGAGCUUAAACCAUCACUUCUAAUUUAUCAGCCUUCAUUAAGGGUCCUCAGUGUGUAAGGUACUAUUGCCAAAUUUAGGGGAAAUAUAAACCAUACUGGAGAUGAAAUCCUGGAACAAAAGUUCUUCUGCUAACAGUUCCAUGUCUCAGAUACUGAAACUAAUUUGAAAAAAAUUAAACCAUGCUUAACUUUGUUUCAGCUAUGUUGCUUGAUGAAUUUUCCUUUUAAAUAAUUUGCU